AUGUCCAGCAGCAGCAGCAGCAAGACGCCGUUCUCCUCGCCUGCGGCUCCGGUGCUGCCACCGCGCUACUCGUCGCGCCUGUUCCGGUCCUCGUUCGCCACGUGCUUCUCGGUGGUCGGCGCCGUGCGCAGCGAGCUCUGGGGCUGCGCGUUCGUGGCGCUCGUCGUGCUGCUCACGUCGCUCAACUACUGGCGCGAUCCAGUCAAGGGCUGGCGCCGCACGUCCGACAUGACGGCGGUCUUCUUCGCCGCCGUGUACCACGCGUACUGCUGCGUGGUGCAGUGCCAGGACCCGCUGGUGCAGGUGCUCUACGCGCUGGUGGUGGCCAACUCGGGCUACUGCUACAUGCAGGCGCGCAAGGCGCCCAACCAGGACGUGUCGUCCGCCUGGCACUGCGGCCUGCACCUGCUGGGCAACGCGGCCAACGUGCUGCUGUACCUCGGCAUCUCCAUGUAG